AUGUCAUCUUAUCUCAUUACGGGCAGCUCAAGAGGGAUUGGGCUGGAUUUGGUCCGUCUUCUGGCUUCCAAGCCGAGUACAGAAGUGGCAGUGGUCUUUGCAGCCGCGCGAACACAGACCGAUGCAUUGACAAAAUUGGUUGCGCAGUCUUAUAGGCGCGUUCAUCAGGUUAAGAUGGAUGUCACCGAUGACCGAAUCAUCGCGUCGGCAGCUGCGACCGUCGAGAAGGUCUUGGCUGGUCGGGGACUCGACGUCCUAGUUAACAACGCCGGUGUCAUGCCAUUUACACCCGCCGCUAUAUCAACUCAGUCAGACUUAGACUCCACGUUCCGCACCAAUGUGACCAGCGCCCAUAUGGUUACAAGUGCCUUCUUGCCAUUGCUGAAACGAGGUACUCUGAAGAAGGUGGUCAACGUGUCCUCCACCUUUGGCUCCAUCGCCAGGGCGUCGAGAUUUGUCCGUGCCGCAGCCCCGGCUUACAAGUUCACCAAGGCGGCCCUCAGCAUGUUGACCGUACAAUAUGCCCAGUCUUUUGCUCGAGAAGGUUUUAUCUUCAUGAUCAUCUCACCUGGUUGGGUAAGAACAGGUCUUGGAGGCGACAAUGCCGACUUAACGCCCGAGCAGAGCGCCACCGCCGUAUUCGAUCUCAUUUCUUCUGCGACAAGCGCCCACAACGGCAGAUUUUAUGAUAUCUUUGUGGAUGGGUGGGGCUUCUACGAUGGCGCCGAGGUGCCAUGGUAGCUAGAAUCGGUGCCUGAUGCUCAGAGGCCAAAAAGUGGAAUACCCACAACAUUUUCCUCGAAGAAGAGACAGUACUGACUAAAACGACUUUAUUUGGAAGGUGAUUGAAAUCGGCCUUGCUCCGAUUCCAGCACCACGAAUAGCAAUGUACCCAUUUGGCUUCGACUUAUUUGAGCGUCGCGAAUUGUUGUCUUCUUCUUCCACAUCCAAUCGACCGUCUCAUCUUCCUGCUGGCUGUGGUCUGUUGCCAUCGACUUGCUCUCCCUAGAAUUUUUUCUUUUUGG